AUCAUCUCAUGCAAGUCUCUCAAAAUUUCUGACCAUUUAAAUUCUUUGGAUCACAUAACAUUAAUGGACUUCAUCAACCAUUCUCUUCCUUCUCGUCUCCUAUGCCCUGCCGUACGAACCAAAAACAUAACAGCUGAAAGUUUCUUGGUUCAAGAGGAAUCUCAGCUCAUAGUUGAUAAUCCCUAUUAUAUUUCUAAUGAUAAAGAUGAAGAUGAUGAGUCUUCACAUUCUCACCAUCUUCUCCCUCUUAUUGGGUGCAACAAUAGAGAAACUACUGUAGCAAACAUACAAGUCUCUAAAGGAAGAGAAGGAUGUUGUGAGGCUUGUAAUAUCAACACCAUCGGUACAACCUACUAUUUUUGUAUUGAAUGUGACAAAUGGUACCACAGAGAAUGUGUCGAGUCUCCCUCUGUGUUCAAAUCUCCUUAUCAUCCUAAACAUUCUCUUCAGCUUCACUUUGGAUCCCGUUUGUGCUACAAAACCGCCAUUCAUAAACUAUAAAAAAAGGCAUGAGCAUACCCUAUAUUACUUCCCUAGAAAAUCCAAUGUAAUGUGCGAUGUUUGUAGAGGUGACGAUAACAAGUAUCUCAUCUUCGUAUGUCUUCUUUGCGAUUUCAUGGUUCAUAGAAGGUGCAUCUACUUGCCACAAGUCAUAAAAAUAUCUCGUCACAAACACCGUCUUUCUUUUGCUUUUUCUCUUUCGUUUGGAGAAAUUAUGGCGUGCGGUGUUUGUCGCAAAAUAAUUGACGAAGAUUAUGGGGUAUAUACUUGCUUGAAAAACGACUGCAUUUAUGUUGUGCAUACACAAUGCGCGACGUCAGGGCUAUUAGGAGCAAUAUGGGACGGAAAAGAGCUUGAAGGUGAAUUGGAAGAAGACGAGGAAAGUAUUAAAUCGUCGUUUGAGGAGAUAAGUAACGGGAUUAUAUUACAUUUUAGUCAUCCAGAACAUCCCAUGCGACUUGAUGAAGAUAUCAAAAUAUGGCAUGAUGGAGAAAAAUAUUGUCAAGCGUGCAUAGCUCCUCUAUAUGAUGGUAAAGCUUACAUAUGCAUGGAAUGUGAUUAUGUGCUCCAUGAAGAAUGUGCAUGUCUUCCCCGUGUGAAACAACUUGCGUUUCAUGCCCAUUCACUUCAUCUGGAACCAUCUCGUAACCAACUCCGAACAUGUGAAUGUUGUUGGGUUCAGUCAUGCGGUUUCAAAUAUGUGUGCUACAAUACCGAUAGUGAUGAUUGUAAGGUUUUCGUUUUAGAUGUACGAUGUGCUUCCAUAUCUGAGCCGCACAAUCAUCAUCCUCAUAGACAUCCCUUGUUCUUUAAUUCAUCAAGAGGUGAAUGUUCGAUUUGUGAGAAAAGACGAACUAUAUCGUUAACAUGCGACGAAUGUCGCUUUUUCUUGUGUUUUUGCUGCGCCACUUUUCCGUACAAGGUGAGAUACAAGAAUCAUGAACAUUUACUCACCUUCACAUAUAAAGAAGUCCUACAUGGAGAUGAGUACUGGUACGAUCGAGAUCGAGACGUCUACUCGUGCGAUCUUUGCGAGGAAGCAAUAAUCCCACCCGACUUUUCAAGAGCCAAGAGAUUCUACAGAUGCGAAGAAUGUGAAGUGGCACUCCAUAUUGAAUGUUUACUUUGGAAGGAUGUAUAUACGAAUCCUGGUUCAAGAGUCACGUUAUACAACGGGAAAGAGUUCAAUAUUGUUGAAAACAAUGCUCUCACUCGACCCAUAUGCACCGAAUGCGGCAAACGUUGCAAAUAUAGAAUGAUACUCAUACCAUCACCUUCUGGAGAUAUAUAUUGUUCAGCGGGACACACUAGUAAAAACGUGUUAUAUAGUUUCUAAUAACUAGAUUAGGACCCGCGGUACACCG